UACCACCCCUCUCCGCUAGAGGGAGCACGCUUCCCCGGGCAUUCGGCGUCAAUGAAAGCAAUACAAAACCCUCUGUAAGGAGAGCACAGGGAAGCGCUCCGAGAAGCCACGGCAUUCCUGACCAAAAUAAUCUUCUUUAUCACACAUUUCACUCACUAUCCUCCGUUCUCAACAGGCGGGAUACAGUGAAAUAAGAGUACGGGUCAUUAAUCGCCUUUGAAAGCCAUCAGCUCAUGGAAUAUUCGCGCUGAUAGAGAAGACUCCUGGGAACUCCGGAGGAAGGCAAGGAAGCAAGCAAAGAAAGAAAGAACGGGAUUAACAAGAAAGUCAGCUGGCGGGUGAAAGCGACCAAAAGCCCACUCUGGAGGGGCAUCAGGGGAGCCCCUGCGCUGGAUGACCGCCGUUCGCUUCUCCCCAGCGGUCUGCAAUGGGGGAGACUAAAGUUAUCUACCAUCUCGACGACCAGGAAACUCCAUACCUGGUCAAACUGCCCAUCCCUGCCGAAAGGGUCACCCUUUUGGACCUGAAAAAUGCCCUCAAGAAACCAAACUACAAGUUUUUCUUUAAAUCUAUGGACGAUGACUUUGGGGUGGUCAAGGAGGAAAUCACAGACGACAAUGCAAAACUUCCCUGUUACAAUGGCCGUGUGAUUUGCUGGCUGGUGUCAUCAGACGGCUCCCACUCAGAUGGAUGCUCAGUGGCGGAGAGUCAGUCCGAGCGGCCGCCGUCUCACGAGAGAAGCCAAGGCAUUGGAGAUUCCAGACCCCCGUCCUUCCAUCCAAAGGCUGCAGGCAGCCGGCACGGUGUGGACGAUGAGACAGAGACUGAUUCGGUGGUGUCACACAGGAGGGAGAGGGACAGAUCGCGCAGGAAACACUCACAUGAGCACCCUGGAGGAAGGCAGAAUGGAUACUCACGGGGCGGCAGAGGCAUGGAUCUGGGAGGUUAUGACGUCUGUGACAGCCGUUCUUCCCUCAUGAGCAGUGAACUGGAAUCAAGCAGCUGUUUUGACUCGGAUGACGGCUCCACCAGCCGUUUCAGCAGUGUUACGGAGCAAAGCGGCUCGUCCAGGCUAAUGAGACGACACCGCCGGCGGAGGCGCAGACCCAAAGCCCAGCAAAUGGAGAGGUCUUCAUCUUUCAGUAGCAUCACUGACUCCACUAUGUCGCUGAAUAUCAUUACUGUCACUUUAAAUAUGGAGAAGUAUAACUUCCUGGGCAUCAGUAUCGUGGGUCAGAGUAACGACGGAGACGGAGGCAUCUACAUCGGCUCCAUAAUGAAGGGCGGAGCGGUGGCGGCCGAUGGGCGGAUCGAGCCCGGUGACAUGCUGCUGCAGGUGAAUGACAUCAACUUUGAGAACAUGUGCAACGACGAUGCCGUACGAGUGCUGAGGGAGAUCGUGCAUAAGCCUGGACCCGUGUCACUUACUGUGGCCAAAUGCUGGGACCCAAACCCAAACAGCUGCUUUGCUUUGCCAAGGAGUGAGCCCAUCCGGCCCAUUGACCCUGCAGCCUGGGUGUCCCAUACGGCAGCCAUGACGGGUGUCUAUCCUCCCUACGGCAUGAGUCCCUCCAUGAGCACGGUCACCUCCACCAGCUCUUCCAUCUCCAGCUCCAUCCCAGAGACCGAGAGAUUUGAUGACUACCACCUGUCCGUCCACAGCGACAUGGCAACAGUUGCAAAAGCAAUGGCCUGUCCAGAUUCAGGACUGGAAGUUCGAGACAGAAUGUGGCUGAAGAUCACUAUAGCCAAUGCUUUCAUAGGCUCUGAUGUGGUUGACUGGUUGUUUCAUCACGUGGAGGGGUUUGCAGAUCGCCGUGAAGCACGAAAGUACGCUAGCAACCUGUUGAAAGCCGGCUUUAUCCGCCACACUGUCAACAAAAUCACCUUCUCAGAGCAGUGCUACUACAUCUUUGGAGAUCUUUCUGGCAACAUGGCCCAUCUGUCUCUGCAUGAGCAUGACGGAUCCAGCGGAGCGUCUGAUCAGGACACUCUCGCUCCAUUGCUUCACCCUGCUGAAGCUCCCUGGCCUGCCGCGUUCCCUUACCAGUACCCACCAGCCCAUUCCCUCCCGGAUGCAGCUCACAGCUACUCUGAAGCCGGUGGAGGCAGCGCAGGCAGCCAGCACAGCGAAGGGAGCAGCGGUUCAAAUUGCAGCUGGAGCAGGACUGAGGGGAAAACCGCGGCUGGAGACUUCAGGUUAGGAGGAGGAAGCGAAAUGGGCGACGCUCAUGACUUUGACUUCCGCAGAGACAGAGCCCCCAGCGAGCGCUCGGUGCCACCCAGCGAAGGCAGUGUGCGCAGCUCACGAUCUCACAGCUACAGCCUGAAGCAGGGAUCUGCACGAGCCGGCCCGGGGUCGCCGUCCGGCCGCCACCUCGCCAGCAUUCCCCCCGAACUCACGGGAUCCCGACGCUCCUGCAACACAGUCAACGGGGAGUUCUUCGUCGACAUCAUGUGACUGUUGCGAGCAGAAGUGCCCAAACUGUUUUUUUGCCUUAUGAAUUACAAAAAAAACGUGGCCUACUAGUGCAGCCGAGUAGAAUUAGGAUUAGUGUUGGCCUAAAAUUCAGUAGCUUGUGAGCCCCAACAUCACUUCGGUUUUAGAAAUUAAUCUACUAAAGCAGUGGUCCCCAACCUUUGGGCGGCGCCAGAGUUCACAGAGGGGGGUGCAGGAGCUGAUAUGCUUUGAGGUCAAAUAAAGAUGUAAAAAAUGUUCCACUAAUAAUUUUAUAUAACAUUUUUUUUAAAUCAUAUGCUUACAAUGUCAAGAUAAGGCAAUUAAAUAAAAUAAACAAUUAAAGGGAUACUCCACCCCAAAAUGAAAAUGUUGUCAUUAAUCACUUACCCCCAAGUCGUUCCAAACCCAUAAAAGCUUCUUUCAUCUUCGGAACACAAAUUAAGAUAUUUUGGAUGAAAACCGGGAGGUUUGUGACUGUCCCAUUGACUGCCAAGUAAAUUACACUGUCAAGGCACAAAAAAGUAUGAAAGACAUCGCCAAAAUAGUCCAUCUGCCAUCAGUGGUUCAAUCUGAAUUUUAUGAAGUGACGAGAACACUUUUGUAUGCAAAGAAAAAAAAAUCGACUUUAUUCAACUUUUUCUUCUCCUCUGAAGCUUUUACGUGUUUGAAAUGACAUGGGGGUAAGUGAUUAAUGACACAAUUUUCAUUUUGGUGUGGAGUAACCCUUUAAAUAAAAGCGUAAUUGACAGUAGUCUACCAGGGCUCCAGACUACGACGAAAUGGAUAUUUUGUGAUCUUUUUUUUUUUUUCUGCUGGUGCCACUAACAAUCAGCCUAACUGAUAAGCGUUAGCAUUCUGUUGUGCAUGAUAAAUACAUAUUAAAUGCCAAAAACGAAAUGGCGCUGCUCAUUUGAGAUCUAGUGAUCACGCUCGAGUUCUCCAGUACAAAUCACAUAGGUAUGCGAUUUAAACUAGUUUAAAGCCAAAUAAGUCAAAGCUGGAUCAUUCUCAACAACUGAUGCGGAAACACCUGUGCAACAACGAUCCAGUUAGGCGUUUCAAUCUGCAAAUCACCAAUAUUUACCAUGGUUUUACUAACAUUGACAGUAACCAUGGUAUUGUGGCGGAAAAGUAGAAUAUUCAUAUUGAAUUUUAUUAUUAAUAAUGUACUAAAUAUAUUAAAGAAGUAAUGGAAUAUAAUCACAGUAUUUUUCUUAUCAAGUCAUCAGUUGUUUGUUGUGCAUUUGUACUGUUUUUCAUAGCAAAUAUUAUAGAAGCCAUAUAGUUAGGCUACUUUUUACCACGGUAGUGAGGUGCUGUACUUGUGGUUAUCAUGAUCUACAAAUGAAUGAAAGACGAGGCUGAUAUAAUUUUCACAGAUACUCACAGAAAGAGGUACCGUUUUUGUUAAUGAAAAUAAAUGUACAUCUGCGUCCCAACUCAAGCUACUGUCAAAUGUGCAUUUCUAAAACUUGUAAUAUUAUUAGUAUAACAUGCAUACUCAGAUUGUCAUGUAUGUACGUAGGGGGCCCCCAGGAAAAAGGUUGGGAACCACUGUACUAAAGCAUAAGCAAACAAUUCAUGCUUACAAUAACAGAUUAAGACCUUUUACUAAAUGUACAAUAUCACCUCAAAAUAUUUGAGAAAUGUGCUGUUGGAGAAAAUGGAAUGAUGGGACAAAAAAAAAAAAAAAAAAAAGAGAUUUUGAGAGAAAUAGCAAUAAUUGAAUGGGAUUUAGUUGCAACACUAUAUGGGUGUGAGGAUUCAAGGUGAAUGUAGUCCAGCCAAGGACGUAAAUGUCAAAUUUCCAAAUUUCUGUUGCCCUUGUUCAGCGCCUAUUUGGAGGUUCUUAACUUUUUUUUUUUGUCCGUUUUAAAUUUUUACUCUCUGUAAAUGUCUCAUGCAGAUAUUUCAUUAUUCAUUGAAAUUGUUUUUACUGAGAAUAUAUUUUUCAGUGUUUGUCAGCAAUAUUGUAUUGGGAGAAUUUUUGAAGUACCAUGUUAAGGAGAUUUCUUUUUUUUUUUAAUUUAUAAAUAUAGUUUUAUUGUGACAUGCUUGGA